AUGGCAUUUGUUAAGGCACAAGCAUUUCUCUUACUUGCAGUUUUCUCAUCCAUGUUAUUUGCUAACAAAACCGAUUGCCCUUAUACUCAUCCACCAAAUGCUACUCAAACUUCCAAUAGAUUCAUUGUUGGAGGUUCAGAAAAUUGGCAUUAUGGUUUCAACUACAUGGAUUGGGCUCGAAAGACUGCUCCUAAUUUCUUUGUCAAUGACACCUUAGUGUUCAAGUAUGAUCCACCAAAUACAAAUGGUACCGGAUUUCCACACAGUGUUUACUUAUUACCAAACUACAGGAGCUUUAUCAAGUGCGAUUUCAGGAGGGCUAAAAGGAUAGCAGAUCCAACUCAGGGUGCAGGGGAAGGAUUUGAGUUGGUGUUGAAGAAAAUGCACACUUAUUAUUUUGCUUGUGGAGAGCAUCAAGGCAUCCAUUGCAAGACUGGGAAUAUGAAGUUUGCUGUGAUGCCUCUCAAACAUUGGCGCUUCUGA